CAGGAGGACGGGAGCCGCUUCAAGGUGGCCCUACCCUACAAGCCCUACUUCUACAUUGCCACCCAGAAGGGCUGUGAGCGAGAAGUGUCCUCCUUCCUCUCUAAGAAGUUCCAAGGGAAGAUUGCAAAGCUGGAAACUGUCCCCAAAGAAGACCUGGACCUGCCAAACCACUUGGUGGGCCUGAAGAGGAGCUACAUCAAGCUGUCCUUCAACACGGUGGAUGACCUGGUGAAGGUGAGGAAGGAGAUCUCACCUGCCGUGAGGAAAAACAGAGAGCGAGACCAGGCGAGCGAUGUCUACACAGCCAUGCUGGCGAGUGCUCUGAGCGGAGGCAGCCUGAGCACAGAGGAGGAAGGGGCCUCCAGAAAAGUCGCCAACCAGAUGGACAACAUUGUGGAUAUGCGGGAGUACGACGUACCCUACCACAUUCGCCUCUCCAUUGACCUAAAGAUCCAUGUGGCUCACUGGUACAACGUGCGGUACCGGGGCAGCACCUACCCCCCCGAAAUCAUCCGCCGAGAUGACCUGGUGGAGCGGCCGGAUCCCGUCGUUCUCGCCUUUGACAUUGAAACUACCAAACUCCCGUUGAAGUUUCCUGAUGCAGAGACAGACCAGAUCAUGAUGAUCUCCUACAUGAUUGAUGGGCAGGGUUACCUGAUCACAAACAGGGAGAUCGUCUCUGAGGAUAUUGAAGACUUUGAGUUUACUCCCAAGCCGGAGUACGAGGGUCCAUUUUGUGUCUUUAAUGAACCAGAUGAAGCUCAUUUAAUCCAGAGGUGGUUUGAACAUGUGCAGGAGACCAAACCCCACAUCAUUGUCACGUACAAUGGAGACUUCUUUGACUGGCCCUUUGUGGAAGCAAGAGCAGCAGCUCAUGGAAUUAAUAUGUAUCAGGAAAUUGGGUUUCAGAAGGACAGCCAGGGAGAGUACAAAGCAUCCCAGUGCAUCCACAUGGACUGUCUGAGGUGGGUGAAGAGAGACAGUUACCUACCAGUGGGAAGUCACAACCUGAAAGCAGCAGCUAAAGCAAAACUGGGCUACGAUCCAGUGGAGCUGGACCCUGAAGAGAUGUGCCGGAUGGCUACAGAGGAACCUCAGACCCUGGCCACCUACUCAGUGUCCGACGCAGUUGCUACCUAUUACAUGUACAUGAAGUAUGUGCACCCUUUCAUUUUCGCCUUGUGCACCAUAAUUCCCAUGGAGCCUGAUGAGGUGUUAAGAAAAGGAUCUGGGACACUGUGCGAGGCACUGCUGAUGGUUCAGGCCUAUCACGCCAACAUCAUCUUUCCCAACAAGCAGGAGCAGGAAUUCAACAAACUUACAGAAGAUGGCCAUGUCCUGGACUCUGAGACAUAUGUGGGAGGCCAUGUGGAAGCACUGGAAUCUGGGGUGUUCCGCAGUGACAUCCCCUGCCGCUUCAAAAUGAAUCCUGCUGCCUUUGACUUCCUGGUGCAGAAUGUGGAGAAGACGCUGCAGCAUGCCAUUGAGGAGGAGGAGGGGUUGCCGUUGGAUCAAGUCACCAACUUCCAGGAGGUUUGUGAUGAAAUCAAGGUCAAACUGAAUUCCCUGAAGGAUGUUCCAAACAGAAUCGAAUGUCCCCUUAUCUACCAUCUGGACGUGGGGGCCAUGUACCCCAACAUCAUUCUGACCAACAGGUUGCAACCCUCAGCUAUGGUGGAUGAGGCCACAUGUGCUGCCUGUGACUUCAACAAGCCGGGUGCCAACUGUCAGCGCCGGAUGACUUGGCAGUGGAGAGGAGAGUUCAUGCCUGCCAGCCGCAGUGAGUAUCACCGCAUCCAGCAGCAGCUGGAGUCGGAGAAGUUCCCUCCCCUGUCUCCUGAGGGAGCACCCCGCGCCUUCCACGAGCUCUCCCGGGAAGAACAGGCCAAGUAUGAGAAGAAGCGGCUGGCAGAUUACUGCCGCAAGGCAUACAAAAAGAUCCACGUCACCAAGGUGGAGGAACGAGUCACCACCAUCUGCCAGCGAGAGAACUCAUUCUAUGUGGACACAGUGCGAGCUUUCAGGGACCGUCGCUAUGAGUUCAAGGGACUGCACAAGGUGUGGAAGAAGAAGCUGUCUGCAGCAAUGGAGACAGGAGACGCCUCUGAAGUAAAGCGCUGCAAGAACAUGGAAGUCCUGUACGACUCCCUGCAGCUGGCCCACAAGUGCAUCCUCAAUUCUUUCUACGGCUACGUCAUGCGGAAAGGAGCUCGCUGGUACUCCAUGGAAAUGGCUGGCAUAGUCUGCUUCACAGGAGCAAAUAUCAUCACCCAGGCCAGGGAACUGAUCGAGCAGAUUGGGAGACCUCUGGAACUGGAUACCGAUGGGAUUUGGUGUGUCCUUCCCAACAGCUUCCCGGAGAACUUUGUCAUCAAGUCAACCAAUGCCAAGAAGUCGAAGGUGACAAUCUCCUACCCAGGUGCCAUGCUGAACAUCCUGGUGAAGGAAGGCUUCACGAAUGAUCAGUACCAGGAACUGCAGGACCCAGCCUCUCUCACCUACAUCACACGCUCAGAGAACAGCAUCUUUUUUGAAGUGGAUGGACCAUACCUGGCCAUGAUCCUCCCAGCUUCCAAGGAGGAGGGCAAGAAGCUGAAGAAAAGGUACGCGGUAUUCAAUGAGGACGGGUCACUGGCCGAGCUGAAGGGGUUUGAGGUGAAGCGCCGAGGAGAGCUGCAGCUGGUGAAGAUAUUCCAGUCUUCCGUAUUUGAAGCCUUUCUGAAAGGCAGCACCCUGGAGGAAGUCUACGCUUCUGUGGCCAAGGUGGCCGAUUACUGGCUGGAUGUGCUCUACAGCAAGGCUGCCAACAUGCCUGAUUCAGAACUGUUUGAGCUGAUCUCAGAGAACCGGUCCAUGUCACGCAAGCUGGAGGACUAUGGGGAGCAGAAGUCCACCUCCAUCAGCACUGCCAAGCGCCUGGCAGAGUUCCUGGGUGACCAGAUGGUGAAGGAUGCAGGGCUGAGCUGCCGCUUCAUCAUUUCCAAGAAACCAGAAGGCUCUCCAGUCACUGAGAGGGCCAUCCCCCUUGCCAUCUUCCAAGCUGAGCCCAGUGUGCGCAAACACUAUCUCCGAAAAUGGCUGAAGAGCCCCUCGCUGCAGGACUUCAGCAUCCGUGCGAUCCUGGACUGGGACUACUACAUUGAGAGACUGGGCAGUACCAUCCAGAAAAUCAUCACCAUUCCCGCAGCCCUGCAGCAGGUAAAGAACCCGGUGCCACGAGUCCGGCACCCAGACUGGCUCCACAAGAAACUCCUAGAGAAGAAUGAUGUGUACAAACAGAAAAAAAUCAAUGAGCUCUUCACUUCAGAAGGGAAGAGACAGGUCCUCGCCAACCAGCCCCUGGAGGGAACACCCAGCUCACAGAUUGGUGACAUAGAGGACUUUGGGGCUGCCAAGACCCUUCAGCCACCAGUUCCUGUUGCAAAUAAGCGGAAGCGAGUGCUUGCAGCAGAGGAAAGCCAACAGAUGUCCCAGUACCUGGAGCUAUCCCAGUCCUGGCGAGAGAUCCUGGGUCCACCUCCACCCCUGGGCACCACCAAGUCUGUGCUGGUUUCUGGCUAUACUCGUGCUGUCACCCCACUCCUGGUCUGGCUGCGCUUCCACCAGAAGAAGUGGGAGCUGCAGGCUCGGCAGCGGCGGGAGCGGCAGAAGAGGCGGCGUCUGGAGGACGGUGGGGUGACAGCAGGCGGAGGAGUGGUCCGCGAUGCCCUCUCCAAAGGGCUGAGCAGCUACCUGCGCAGGACAGCGCGCAGCAUCCUGGAUUUGCCCUGGCAGAUUGUGCAGAUUGCUGAGACCAGCCAGCCUGGGCUGUUCAGGCUGUGGGCAGUGAUUGGGAGUGACCUGCACUGUAUCAGGCUGAGCAUCCCUCGGGUCUUCUAUGUCAACCAGCGUGUCCCAAAGCCAGAGGAGGGAGCAACCUACAGGAGGGUGAACAGGAUCCUGCCCCGAUCGAACUUGGUUUACAACCUGUACGAAUACUCCGUCCCUGAAGACAUGUACCAAGAACACAUCAAUGAGAUCAACGCGGACCUCUCUGCUCCGGACAUUGAGGGAGUGUAUGAGACGCAGGUGCCACUCCUCCUCCGUGCCCUGAUCCAGCUGGGCUGCGUGUGCAUGGUCAGCAGGCAGUUCGUCAGGCACCUGGCGGGGCGAGAAGCUGAGACCUUUGACAUUGAGCACCUGGAGAUGCGCUCACUAGCCCAAUUCACUUACCUGGAACCAGGAAGUAUUCGCCACAUCUACCUCUACCACAGCUCCCAGGGCAGCAAGGCGCUUCUAGGCCUCUUCAUCCCCUCUCAGCGCAAAGCUGCUGUCUUUGUGCUGGACAAGGUACGCAGCAACCAGAUGCCGAAUCUCACCACCCUCUUCUCAGUGGAGCGCAGUGCGCUGCUGGAAAAGGUGGGUGAAGAGCUGCUGCCCCCGGACAAGCAUUCCUUUGAAGUCCGUGCCGAGACUGACUCCAAGGUUGUCUACAGGGCUAUCCAGCGGCUGCUGCUGGGCUACAAGGAUGAGCGCCGGGGCCCCACGCUGGUCGCUGUGCAAUCUAACUGGGAGCUGAAACAGCUGGCGAGUGGCAUCCCCAUCAUCGAGGAGUUCCCCUUGGUCCCUAUCCGGCUGGUAGAUGGCAUCAGCUACUCGGUCCUGGACUGGCAGCGCCAUGCCGCCCGCCGGAUGAUCCGCCACUACCUCAACCUGGACACCUGCCUCUCCCAGGCUUUCGAGAUGAGCAGGUACUACCACAUCCCCAUUGGGAACCUCCCCGAUGACAUCUCCACCUUCGGCUCUGACCUGUUCUUCUCCCGCCACCUCCGUCGUCACAACCACUUGCUGUGGCUCUCGCCCACGGCCCGCCCAGACCUGGGGGGUAAGGAGGCCGAUGACAACCGCCUGGUCAUGGAGUUUGAUGAGAGAGCCUCCAUGGAGAUAAACAACCCCGGCUGCUACUCCACAGUGUGUCUGGAGCUGGACAUCCAGAGCCUGGCUGUAAACACGGUGUUGCAGUCCCACCACAUCAAUGACAUGGAAGGAGGGUCCAGCAUGAGCAUCAGUUUUGAUGUGAUUCAGCAGGCGUCCCUAGAAGACAUGGUGACAGGGAACCAAGCUGCCAACGUCCCGGCCAGCUAUGAUGAAACUGCCCUCUGCUCCAACACAUUCAGGAUCCUGAAGAGCAUGGUGGUGAGCUGGGUGAAGGAGAUCACGCAGUAUCACAACGUCUAUGCAGACAACCAGGUCAUUCACUUUUACCGCUGGCUCCGCUCUCCUUCCUCCCUGCUCUAUGACCCAGCGCUGCACCGCAUGCUCCACAACAUGAUGAAGAAGCUUUUCCUGCAGCUGGUGGCUGAGUUCAAGCGUCUGGGCUCCUCUGUGGUUUAUGCCAACUUCAACCGGAUCAUUUUGUGCACCAAGAAGCGGCGUAUCGAGGAUGCCAUCAGCUACAUGGAGUACAUCAUCAACAGCAUCCACUCCAAGGAGAUCUUCCACUCUCUAACCAUAUCCUUCUCCCGCUGCUGGGAGUUUCUGCUCUGGAUGGAUCCAGCAAAUUAUGGAGGUAUCAAGGGAAAAGUGGAUUCUCGCAUCCACUAUGGGGAGGACACCAGCAAGAGGCAAGUGUUGGAAGAGGAGGACAGUGAGGAAGAGGAGGAGGAGGCAGUGGGGGAAGAAGAGGAGGAGGAAGGAGAGCCGAAUGUGGAGGAGCUGCUGGAGAACAACUGGAACAUUGCCCAGUUCCUGCCCCAGGCUGCCUCCUGCCAGAGCUACUUCCUGAUGAUUGUGUCAGCCUACAUUGUGGCUGUGUACCACAGCAUGAAGGAGGAACUGCGGCGCAACGCCCCCGGGAGCACCCCCAUCAAGAGGAGGAGUACCAGCCAGGGGUCCCAGGAGGUGCUGGGGGAUGUGGAGGCCAUGCCCGGCAUGAUCACCUUCUCGCAGGAUUACGUGGCCAAUGAGCUCACCCAGAGCUUCUUCACCAUCACCCAGAAGGUCCAGAAGAAGAUGACUGGUUCUCGCAAUGUCACUGAGCCUUCAGACCUGUUCCCAGUGCUGCCUGGCUCCUACUUGCCGCUCAACAACCCAGCUCUGGAGUUUAUCAAAUACGUUUGCAAGGUCCUCUCCCUGGAUGCCAACAUAACCAACCAGGUGAACAAACUGCGCCGGGACCUGCUGCGCCUCAUUGAGGUGGGCGAGUUCUCAGAAGAAGCCCAGUUUCGGGACCCUUGCCGCUCCUACGUGCUCCCUGAAGUCAUCUGCAGGAACUGCAACUUCUGCAGGGACCUGGACCUGUGCAAGGACCCUGCAGUCUCCCAGGACGGGCUGGUGCUGCCCAGCUGGGUCUGCUCCAACUGUCAGGCGCAGUACGACUCUGGUGCCAUUGAAAUGGCGCUGGUGGAAGCCCUGCAGAAGAAGCUGAUGGCCUUUGUGCUGCAGGACCUGGUGUGCAAGAAAUGUCAUGGUGUGAAGGACACACACAUGCCUGUGUACUGCAGCUGUGCUGGAGACUUUGCCCUCACCAUCUCUUCCCAGACCUUCAUGGAGCACAUCCACAUCUUCCAGAACAUCGCCCAACAUUAUGGCAUGGCCUACCUGCUGGAAACCAUCGAGUGGCUGCUCUGCACCAAGCCCCAGCUCAGGCAAUGA